AUGGCGACCACAAAUGCGACCACAUCGUCCAACUACUGGGACUUCAUCUUCACCGAGCUGGCCGAUCCGCGGACAAACCACUGGCCGCUGAUAUCGUCACCGGUGCCGGGUUUAACCAUCAUUGCCUGCUACCUGUACUUCGUGCUUAACUUUGGGCCCAAGUACAUGGCAAACCGAAAACCGUUCCAGAUGCAAAAGACCCUGGUCGUGUACAACUUCAUACAAGUUCUAGUCAGCAUAUAUCUGUUCGCUGAGGGUCUGGACGGUGCCUGGCUACGACACUACAGCUGGAGAUGUCAACCGGUGGACUUUAACGAUAAUCCCGUCGCCAUGAGGGUUGCCCGCGGCUGCUACGUGUACUUCCUGGCCAAAAUUUCCGAGCUGCUGGAUACGGUGUUCUUCACGCUACGGAAGAAAGACAACCAGAUCACCUUCCUGCACCUGUACCACCACACCGUCAUGCCAAUGAUCUCCUGGGGCGCUACCAAGUACUACCCCGGAGGACACGGCACAUUUAUUGGUGUGAUCAACUCUUUCGUACACAUUGUUAUGUACACGUACUACAUGAUGGCUGCGAUGGGACCUCAGUAUCAGAAGUAUCUCUGGUGGAAGAAGUACAUCACCAACCUGCAGAUGGUCCAGUUCGGUAUGGCAUUCGGUCACUCCGCUCAGCUGCUGUGGACCGACUGCGGCUACCCGCGCUGGUCCGUCUUCUUCACCCUGCCGAACGCGAUCUUCUUCUACAUGCUGUUCAAUGACUUCUACAAGAAGUCGUACGGUGCGAAAAAGUCCGCCGGAAAAGUCACUGCCACCGAUGGUACCGCCAAACCGCCGAUCGAAAACAAUAACUCGCCAAAGGUCGCCAGCAAGGAGCUGUGAGAAAUGUGUCACCAGCGGUCCAACGCCACCGAUCCUACCAGUCUUCAAACGUAACACACGUUAACACCCAGCAAACCAAUAGAUAUCAAACGGCGCCAUCACGUCGGGUGCUGCCGGGCCCCCUAUUCCUAUGCCGCAAAACCACCAUCUCGACCACCACCGCCACCACCACUCCAGUACCAGUGGACGGGACCGUGUUCCGUUUUCUCGACGUACCUUGAAUGUACCAUGAUAGCUAGUUGCGUGCUAGUUGCCCGAUUGCCUUCCGCCGCUCUCGUGGCAAGCCCACAAGGAAUGGAAGUCCCGAAGCUCAAUGGGGACAGGCCGCAAUGGGGG